ACACUUGCGCUCGUUUUCUCUGUUUCUGCUCAGCAAUAGCUUUGGUCCACAGACUUGGGGCUGGCCUUGACAGCGGUCUCUUUCUGGAGAAUGGCAUCAACGUCAGCUAAAGAUGGGGAAAAGUCGAAGCUCAAGCCGAGUGCGCUGCGUUCGAUAAUAGCUGGCUCGACAGCUGGAGCAGUCGAGAUCGCCAUAACAUAUCCGUUUGACCUCCUCAAGACAAGGUCGCAGCUCAAUCGCCGAUUACCAGACUCCAAAAAGCUCCCAUGGCCUCCCUUCCCCUCGAAAGAAUGGUACACCGGGUGCACGACGGCAAUCGUGGGGAACUCGGUCAAGGCAGGCGUUCGAUUCCUCGCGUUUGACACAUAUAAACAUAUGCUAUCAGACGACGAUGGUCAAAUAUCUGGGCCUCGGACAGUCGCCGCGGGGUUUGGUGCUGGAGUCACUGAAUCGUUGCUGGCAGUCACCCCGUCAGAGUCAAUAAAAACACAACUGGUGGACGACAGGAAACGAGCGCAACCAAGAAUGCGUGGCUUCAUCCACGGAUCCAUGGUCAUCGCUCGAGAGAAAGGAAUUAGAGGCUUUUUCCAAGGGUUUGUGCCCACGACCGCACGGCAAGCAGCCAACAGCGCGGUCCGAUUCAGUACCUACACGAGCCUCAAACAAUUCGCCGAGGGCUAUGUUGCGCCAGGGGAGAAGCUUGGAUCUCUGACAACUUUCGCCCUAGGAGGUAUUGCUGGCAUCGUUACCGUCUACACCACCAUGCCUCUUGACACGGUUAAAACCCGAAUGCAGAGUUUGGAGGCCAGGCAAGUAUAUAAGAACACAUUUCACUGCGCAGCGUCAAUCUACAAGAACGAAGGCAUAUUAACCUUCUGGUCUGGUGCACUACCACGUCUGGGCCGUCUCACUCUAAGUGGUGGUAUCGUCUUCGCGAUGUACGAGAAGACUAUGCAGCUCCUAGACCUUGCAGAUCCCGACGGAAAGUACAUUUGAUGGGCCGCGAGGGAUCUGGGCUCUUUAGAACGAAAAGUUUGUGUGGUUUGGACAUAGUGAGCAGAAUUCCAAGGCUGGCUUUAUGAAAAUGGAAGAUAGAGCAGGCCUUUGGAACAGAGCCAUCUCCCUUGUUAACGUCCUUCUCUGGAAGGGCGAAUUUGUGAGAGAUAAUCCAACAAGGUGGAAAGCUGCAGAUAUAGAUUGGCCUUGAGGCUUUCAUUCUUGUUAACAAUGAUACCCAAUGUACACAUCUAC